GUGCUGUGUAUCUCUGACUCCAUUAGAUUAGUCAAGAUCCAAUCCCAUCAGCACUUAAAAGCCUUCCAGACCUACAUCCCUAUCCCAAAUCAUCAGCAACAAAGAGAUUCUGUCAUCAUCCCACUGCAACAAGGAUGAGCCUGCGGUGAAGGUCACCCCAUGAGUGCAGCCCUGCAGGUGACAGCAUUUGGGCUUGCACUUCUCUCAACACUCUUCCUACUCCUGGCCACGUGCACAGACUGUUGGAUGGUCAAUGCUGAUGACAGCUUGGAGGUGAGCAGAGAAAUCACCUGGAAGGUGAGCAGAGUGGCCACCUUUAAGGUGAGCAGAGCAAUCAUCAUUCUCAAGGUAAGUCACAAAUGCCGGGGCCUUUGGAGGGAGUGUGUCACCAACAUGCAGGACGGAGUCAGGACCUGCGACCAAUAUGACUCCAUUCUGGCUGACCACCCAGUGAAGAUCGUGGUGACACGGACCCUGAUGAUCACAGCGGAUCUGCUGGCUGGCCUGGCUUUGGCUACACUGGUCCUUGGGCUUGACUGCAUCACGUUCCUCAAUGAAGAUCCUUGUGUCAAACUGAAGAUGUGCUAUGGAGCUGGAGUCAUACUUGGCGCUGGGAGUAUCCUGGGGCUCAUAGGCUCCGUGUGGUAUGCGGUGGACGUCUACCUGGAGAGGGCCAUGCUGGUGUCACACAAUAUAUUCCUGGGAGUCCACUACGACUUUGGGUGGUCAUGCUGGCUGGGGAUGGCUGGCUCCACUGGCUGCUGUGUGGCAUCUGUCCUGCUGACCUGCUGCCUCUAUGCCUGCACAGCCCCCAGCAGCUGCUGUCAACCCCAGAGGCAUCCUCAGCCCCAGGGCCGAACAGCCACCAGCAAGAUGUACGCCAUGGAUUCCCGUGUGUGAUGGCCAGCAGCACCUCCUGCACCCAGCUCUGAUACGGGACACUCUCCCUGCCAGUCCGACCCCAUUAAAGCACUAGCACCUCUACUGA